UGCUCCUUUUAUUAUGAACCACUCCUUUGAUGGAUUCUCAAGCUCCCUACUCAAUCAUUGGAUCCUCCCAUAGUCCAGACAUACAAACUGCCAUUAAAUCCCAGAAUUCAGCAGUCUCUUGAAACAAGGAAAGAAGAACAAGGGAGAGACAGAAGGAGAACCAAGAACUUCCUGACCAGCACCCAAUUUUGUCUUCAUCUGUUUAUUGGAUAAAUUCAUUGAUUUCAUGUAACAGCUAAUUAAGUGUAUCUGCACGCACCUAACGAUUGAGCAUGUCAUCAAGAAGAGAAAGAGAUCCAGUUUCUGUCCGAAUCGACGACAAGCUUGGAAGAUUAUCUGAUUCAUCUUCCAAUGGUUGCCUCUUCAGAGUCCACAAUCGAUUGCACAAAGUCAAUCCCUACGAGCCAGCUAUCGUCGCCAUUGGACCGUAUCAUCGCGGCAAUAAUGAACUGCAAGAAAUGGAGAAGCAGAAGCUCAGGUACUUGAAACAGCUUCUCGGACGAACCAGCUGGAACACUGUGGAUAAAUAUGUGACGGAAAUCCUAGGGAUGGAAGCAAAGGCACGGGAAUUUUAUCAUCUUGAAACAAGCGGUUUUAACAGGGAUGAGUUGGUGGAAAUGUUGGUUCUUGAUGGUUGCUUCGUCAUCGAGCUAUUUCGGAAGUAUAAAAUCAACGGAUUGUCAAGAGAAAGUGACACAAUUUUCCAGUCGGAGCAACUUCGAUUUGCCCUAAGGCGAGACCUGAUUCUACUCGAGAACCAGCUCCCGUUCUUCGUUCUCCAUCGCUUGUUCGGCAAAACUAGGGGUCCUGGCGAAGAAGAUGAUCUCAUCCCCUUGGCCCUAGCGUUUCUCGAGCAGAUCAUGCCGAACGAGAAACUGACAAUUAUGAAUAACACUCGACUGGACGAUCUCAAGCAUCUUCUUGCACUAGUUCAUGCCAGUUGGGGCCACCAAUUCAUCCCAGCUCCCACCGUUUCGGACAAAAAUUGGGACUUCGUGAAUUCGGCGACGGAGCUGAAAGAGGCCGGAGUGGAGUUCAAGAUGGUGAAAAAGAGCAAUCUCUUUGACAUCCGGUUCAUCGAUGGCGUUCUCAAGAUCCCUCGUUUGUGCAUCGGAGAUUACACAGAGUUCCCCCUCCGAAACCUCCUCGCCUACGAGCAGUAUCAUCUUCAACGCCACCAGAGAAAGUACGUUAGCGACUACAUCGCGUUCAUGAAUUGCCUGGUGAAUUCGCCGAGAGAUGUUCAGCUGCUCCGCCACAGCAAGAUCAUCGACAGCUGGGUCGCCGACGACGCGGCUGUUUAUGCCUUACUGAAAGAUGUGUACAGAUUCGUGUUGAUUGCUUCCAGCGACUUCAGCUAUUCUCAGGUUUGCGUGAAGCUGAACGGGCAUUGCCAGCGCCGGCAGAACGUCUGGAUGGCGAAUCUGAGGAGGAAUUACUUCAACAGUCCCUGGGCGUUUGUUUCGUUUGUUGCUGCUUGCCUUUUGCUGCUUCUCACUUUGAUUCAGACUCUGUUUUCUGUUCUUUCCUACACCAAAUAAAGAGCAGAAAAAAUAAAAAUAAAAAAAAUAGUAAAAAAUGAGAAAAAUAUUAAAAUUAAUAAAAAUAUUUCUGAGCUUAUCAAAACAAUGUUAGCUACCUUCUCAUCAGUCAUCCCCUCUUACUGUACAGAGCUAAGAAUUUGCGGCACUUUUUGGCAUCUUUAGAUUGAUCAAUCUUUUUCUACUCUGAUAAGUCAUACUAGUACUCUAUGUUGCACAA